UCUGCUAACUAGUCACAUGGUAAGUAGUAUCAAUAUCUUUCUCUGUAUCACUUUGUACUUAUCUGCAACAAUAUCCAGCCCCGAACCCAAGUGCAGUUCUUGUAAAUUCCGCCAUUUAUUCUGCUAGGCUCAAGAACAUGGGAGAUAUGGAUUGGUGGGUGUCAAUGCCAAAAAUUGAACUACACGCCCACCUUAAUGGCUCUAUCAGAGACUCCACUUUACUGGAACUUGCUAGAGAAGUGGGUGAUAAGGGACUCGUACGUUUUCCUGAUGUUGAGCAUGUUAUCUUAAAAGAUGAUCGUUCCCUUACCGAAGUGUUCAAAUUGUUUGAUUUGAUUCACAUUAUUACAACUGACCAUGAAACUGUAACCAGAAUUACUAAAGAGGUAAUUGAAGAUUUUGCUGCUGAAAAUGUUGUAUACUUGGAGCUAAGGACAACUCCCAAGAAAAAUGUCUCCAAAGGGAUGAACAAGAAGUCAUAUAUGGAAGCGGUUUUAGACGGUUUAAGGGCUGUUACUUCUGUUGAAGUUGAUAUUUUUAAUGAACCUAAUUUUGAUUAUCCUGCUAAUGCCGGUAUUUAUGCUCGGAGCAAUGAUGGUGCAAGCAAUGGAUCAGGAAAAAGGAAAAUAUACGUCAGACUUCUACUCAGUAUUGAUCGUCGUGAAACAACAGAAGCUGCAAUGGAAACUGUAUGUUCCUCAAAUCUGAUGCAUAAAGAGGCUGAAGGUAUAUAUAUAGACCUUACAGUCCAUGGCUUGCUAACUUCUUUGUGGUUGGUGAAGGUUAAGCUUGCUCUGGAAAUGAGACAUUUGGGAGUAGUGGGUAUUGACCUUUCUGGCAAUCCUGUCAUUGGUGAAUGGCUAACUUUUCUUCCUGCUUUAGAGUUUGCUAAAGAGCAAGGACUUCUCAUUACCCUUCACUGUGGCGAGGUACCCAAUCUUAUGGAAAUCAAUGCAAUGCUAGAUUUUCUUCCUGCAAGAAUUGGUCAUGCUUGUUGCUUUGGAGAUGAAGAAUGGGCAAAGCUAAAAUCCUUAAAGAUACCGGUUGAAAUUUGCUUGACUUCCAACAUCAGGACUGAAACAAUAUCUUCGGUGGAUAUUCAUCAUUUUGCCGAUUUAUAUAUAAGUGGACAGCCCAUUGUCCUCUGCACUGACGACUCAGGGGUGUUCUCUACCAGCGUAUCUGGCGAGUAUAGCCUUGCCUCUUCUAGUUUUGGUAUACAAAAGAGGGAGAUGUUCCAACUGGCUAGGAAUGCCGUUAAUUUUAUUUUUGCUGGUAAUAAAGUAAAACAGGAGCUGGAGCAAAUAUUUGAUUUAGCUGCAAAGAGCCUGGAGUUCUGAUGAGAAAUGUAUCAAAAUGAACAGGAUUAUUCUUCAGUUAUUGUUAUUAUAAUUGGAAAGUGAAACUGUCUUAUUAAAUGGAGCGACAUAAACAUUGAAGAUUUUUAUAAUUGACUCCAACUUUCCUGA